CCGAGUAGGCGGUGCGACGGCUUAUGUACACACGUCUUAUCGAGAAUGAUUCAUUCCAUCGAAACGUCUCGUAGGGCUUGGAAAAAAAAAUUGCAUAAAAUAUGUCUGGUGUAGGAUGUUUGCAAAAACAUCCGGGAUGGGAAUUUAGCUUCACAGGUGGCAGACCUUCCAACAAGGCUUCGAGUAUUUUUACUCAAUAGGUGAAUAAUUGUUGCUCAUUAACCGUUUACCGAUGUGAAAUGGUUAAUUAGUAGAAAAUCAGGUUAAUAGCUGCUUCACACACGAACUGGUUUAGUCAAAACCUGAACGUGAUGAGUGUUUGGUGAACAAAGUUCGAGCUGAUCUGACAGAAUAUUACGGAUUUGCUUCUAUUGGCUUGGCAACUGGUAUCAGAUGAAUCUAUUCUACAAUAAAUGGGAAGCUUUCAACUUGAUUAGAAAAAUAAUUUAACGAUCGAUUGAGGGAGGCACUGGUAGAUAAAAUACUUUGGCUAAAUGACGGGGCUAAAAUGGAAAACUCUUUAUCGUUUUUGGAGGUUAGGAAAAACCCAUGCUUUCUCCAGAGACAUCUCUGUUUCGUAAGAAAUACUAGCUCUAUUUCUUACAAAACCAGGUAGGUAUCUUGAAUAUUUAUUAAAAUAGUGAAAAAUAAAUAAUUUUCCCUACAUAAUGGCACACAAACAGACUUCCAUGUCUUAUUUGAUCUCAUCAAAGGGGAAUUACUAUAACCAAUUUUGUAAAAAAAUUCGGCAACAGAGGCUUAGUCACGUGUAGAAUUAUGGCGCGAGGGUGAAGGGUGAAGGGAAGGGAACUAAUGUCGAAUUCUCCAAGGUCUUAGUGCUCAUUGCAAAACGUGCCAGCCUUCUUCUCCGGAGGUUCCAUCAUCACUGUCCCGUAAAAUGACCGACAAGAUUCAACCAAUGGCUAGCUCUACUAAGGGUGUGAAACAUGCCUUAGAAACAGCCAUUUCUAAAUUCACUAACGCAACUAUCAAAAAAAGAAAAGUGAUGGCCGAAAUGCAGAUCAAUCAGUAUUUAGCUCCGGGCUUAGAAGAUUCACUAUUCGGUAAACUCACCGAAGAGGUCAUGUUCCACAUUCUUCACCGUCUUUCACUUAAUGAUUUAAGUCAAAUGUCGAUGGCGUCAAAGGCAUUUGGUAAAGUUAUCUAUGCUUACGUUACGGAGGAGCAAUUUGCUAUGAGAGUCGCUCGCCUGUUGAUACAAAUCCCUAUUUCGAGUGUGAUGCUGCUUGAACAGAGCCAAUAUGUCGGACGGCUACUGAAGCGAGUUAGUUUUCUCUUUACGGUCGACUUUAGGCUAAAAUUCUUCCACCAACAUAUUCAAAAGGUCCAACGGUUGGUUGAGAAAGAAUCCGCCAAUUCACUCCCAAUUGAUACACUCCCAUUCGUCGGCGCUGUGUUACAGUCAUUCAUUGCUGGAUGGGAUGAGGGCGAAUGUCUCAAGGUUUUUACAUUCAUGAGCGAUUGUCUGUUUCUUUAUCGUUCGAUUUCACGGUUUGUGUGCGACGCGCCUGGCACAGACUUAGACAACGAGCUUUUUUUACGCCGAAACCUUCGUUACUUGUUUCUAGACAGGUGCGUUACUGAUUACGAUCGUGCCAUUUGGAUUGGUUUCAUUUCCAACCAGAUUGGAACCGCGCAACUGGCCAAGGUCCUUCUUCUCCUCUACUGUCCCAUUAACACUCAUGGCCAAAUCGACUGGAGCUUUGCCUUUAACGUCCGUGCGUUUCAGCAACACACCAAUGUGUUUUUCAAAUUGGCCAAAACCAUAGGCAUUCUACAGUUGAUUCCUAAUUGGUCUCCUUCCCUCUCACUGGAAGUCCUCGUCUACAUUUCUAAUGUGCCCAACUGUUGGUUACUGCGCUCUUUCUCAUCAGUGCUGUUACCUCUUAGUUCCAUCGACAUGAAUUUGGUAGUCAAAUAUUUUGAAAUCCUUUACAAAAGCGGUCGGGCCUCAACUGCGUCACUUCUGAUGGCAUUGGCUCUCAUGAUCUCUCCCCAGUUCAUUGGCCACAACUUCAGGAACGAGAUCGUCGUUGAUCGGUCCUGCGUCCACCAGCUUAUCUCCAACAUCAUCAACGCUCCACGAUUGACGCCCGAACGUUACGUCGUCGUCAAGAAACUUUGGGGCGCGGUGCUCACUCUAGCUGACGAUUUCGCCGAGACUGCCGUUCAAGAUGAAGUUCACGGGGGAAAUAAUAACGACACAAUAGACGAUUUCCACGAUCUAAUGGACGCCUGGAAAGAUUUAAGCAUUAUACUGAUGUCCGUCUGAUCCCUAUCGCAUAUUUUUCCAUCGAAGUGCCACCAUAGUUCAACUAACUUCUUAAUUUUAUAUAAAUGUUUAUCGUUUCAAAAGUUAACGUUCUAAGUUCUUAGAAAAAAUGAAUAUAUAUUUCUUUCCUGAAA